AUGAGUAUAUCAACUAAAAUUUAAAAUGGAAUUGCUAAAGGACUUCAAGAAUAUAUAAAUCCUGCCAAACUAGCUCCAUUAAAAAAACCUGUAAGGACUUAAAUGAUGGAAAUGGAUGGUUUAUAAGAAUUUGAUAAAGGUUUAUAUCAUAAUAGAGAUUAUGAAAAUUUAAUAAAAUAUUUGGUUACUUCAAGGAAAUAAUUUAAAUAAUCCACAGAUUAAUUAGAAAGAAAAAAUUUAGCCAAAUAAGAGUUUUCCGAAUGGAAAAAAUAUAUAGAAGUUCGCAAAACAUAAUUGACUGAAGAUUUUUAAAUUCCAGAUUAUUUUAAAACUUAAUUUAAUGAAGCUUGGUAGUUAGUUAAAAAUAGAAAAGAGUCUAUACUUAGUCCUCAAAAAGUACUUGAAUUUCAUUAUGAAUUAAUGAAAUCUUAUAAAUUUCAAGUCCCUAUUGAACCUCAUUUACUUGUUUAAAUGAUUCAUCCACACUAAGGAUAUUUAAGCCAUUAUCCUGGAAGUUUCUCUUAAUAAGAUUUAAUGAAUAUUUAUUAUUAUAAAUUGGUAGCUUCUAUGGAAAGAUCUUUAGGUUAAGAUUUGCUUGCAAACGAAAUUUCUGCCUUUACUUAUUGGAAUUUAUAUGAUAAAGAUGAAGAAGGUUCUUUUGAUCUUUAAAAAUUUGCUGAAUUUAUGAAAACAUUUAGAUUUAAUUUAAACGGAAGUUUGAGUGACUUUUAAAAGUAAUUUAAAUUUGGUUUAAGUUUAAAUUAAGGCGAAAUAAGUAGAGAUUUAUAGGAAUAGGAAUAAGUUAUUAGAUUUGAUUUUUAUAGAUAUAUAUUUUUAGAAAGAAAUUUGUGAUUAUUUUUGUCAAAAAUAAUAUUUAAAAUAAAAUAAC